AGAGGAGAAUUCUCCAAGACGCCUGUGCAGACACACCAGCGACAUGGGAGCAGGAAACCAUACAGGAGUAUCACAGUUCCUCCUCCUGGGCCUCUCAGACCAUCCUGAACUGCGGCCCCUCCUCUUUGGAGUGUUCCUGUCCAUGUACCUGGUCUCUGUGCUGGGGAACCUGCUCAUCACCCUGGCCGUCAGCUCAGACUGCCACCUCCACACCCCCAUGUACUUCUUCCUCACCAACCUCUCCUUUGUUGAAUGUUCCAUCUCCACCACUGUCCCGAAGGUGCUGGUGAACAUCCAGGCACAGAGCAAGGACAUCUCCUACACAGGAUGCUUCACUCAGGUGUAUUUUUUUUUAAUGAUUUUUGCUGGAAUGGAUGGUUUUCUCCGGACUGUGAUGGCCUAUGACCGGUUUGUGGCCAUCUGCCUCCCCCCACUGCACUACACGGUCACCAUGAACCCACGCCUGUGUGGCCUCCUGGCUCUGAUGUGUUGGCUCAUCACUUUCUGGGUUGCCCUGCUUCAUAUUCUGUUGAGGCGGCUGAUCGUCUGUACUGGCACUGAAAUUCCACAUUUCUUCUGUGAACUGGCUCAGAUUGUCAAGGUGGCCUGCUCUGACACCCUCAUCAGUAACAUCAUCUUGUUUGUGGCCACUGCCCUGCUGGGUGUGUUUCCCCUCACUGGAAUCCUCUUCUCUUACUCUCAAAUUGUCUCCUCUUUAAUGAGAAUCUCCUCUGCAGCGGGAAAAUAUAAAGCAUUUUCCAUCUGUGGGUCUCACCUCUGUGUGGUCUCUUUGUUCUAUGAGACAAGCCUGGGUAUCUCUCUCAGUACCGAUAUGACUCAUUCUUCCCGGAGAAGCUCCUUUGCCUCUGUAAUGUACACUGUGGUCACCCUCACGCUGAAGCCCUUCAUCUACUGCCUGAGGAACAAGGAUGUAGUGAAAGGGGCCCUGGGAAGGUUCCUCAGCCAAGGUGCCCCUUGUCUGUGAUGGGUCACUGGCCUCAGAACUAAGUGGACAUUGUGAGGCUCAAAAACAAAUGUUGUGAAUUUAAAUAUCUUGGUUCUUUUUUGACCCUGAAAGACAUGCUUCAUUUCUUCUAUUUUCAAAGCACCUAUGACUUUGCUUUUAUUUUUGUAUUAGUUUCUCCUCAACACCCUCGUCAGUAAUUCCUUUUUUAACUUUGUUUCCUAUUUGCAGACCAUACAUAUCUAUCUUGGGCCAGCUUUCUUACAGCCAUUCCAGCGAUUUCCGACAUUAGAUUUGUAGCAUUUAUAUCAAAUGUGGCAUGGUUUCCCCCUAAAAUUAUCCUCUCAAAUGUUGAUGUUCUUCACCUUAAUUUGUUUGGUUGUGUUGUUGGAAUGAAAAUCACACAAUACUCAUGACCAAACUGCUUCACAUAUCAAGUCGGUUCUUAUUGUUUUAUGUGUAUAUUUUAUGUAAUCUUGACAACAUUUUUAAAGGUAUUUUCUCUCAUUUACCCCAUUUUAAUUAAAAAGAGAAUGAGAAUGGGAUGGACGCUCACCUGGAAACCUGACAUUGAGCCCACAUUGCUAACUUUGCUAUCAGUUUUCCUGAAAACAGUGACGUGAUUUUCAACUUUUCAGA